GGGUUUUCUGUUCCUCACCGAGCCCUGAGGCAUCCUAUAUAAAUACCGUGCUCCUCUCCUUUUGUCAAAUAUUACCACCCAGCUCUUAGCGAAGCCUCGAGACAUCUUCGUCUCCUUCCUGGCCUCUCUGUCCCUCUCUCUCUCUCAUCACAUUUGGAGGAAGUUGGCAGUUUUGUCUGCUCUGCAGCUCGUCAAAGUGGAGGGCGUUAAGUUUGAAGCUUCUUUUAUGUCUGAACGGGCUACUCUCUUCUUGUCAUCAAUUGGUUUGCUUGGGGGAUACUGUCCUAAGUCUAGAAAAAAGAACAGACAUAGUGCUGCUAAAGUUGGAUGCAUGCAUCUUGGCUUAGUGGAAGGCUACAGGGCUCACUGUCUGGGUUGCCAGUUUAUUUGUCCAUUUCCAAUCACAAGAAAUUUUACUAGUACAAGGAGUAUCUCUGAUCGCUAGAAGAAGCUUCUGACUUGUGCAUCUUCUAAGAACCAUAAUCCAGCAGUCUGACACCGCUAUUAACAAGAUGGCAUUACAAAACAUUGGUGCUUCAAACCGCGAUGAUGCCUUCUACAGGUAUAAGAUGCCAAAAAUGGUAACUAAGAUUGAAGGUAGAGGAAAUGGCAUCAAGACUAAUGUGGUUAACAUGGUUGAGAUAGCAAAGGCCCUGGCUAGACCUGCUUCUUACACUACAAAGUACUUUGGAUGUGAGCUUGGUGCACAAUCCAAAUUUGAUGAUAAGACUGGAACUUCCCUUGUCAAUGGUGCUCAUGACACUGCAAAGCUUGCUGCGCUUCUGGAAAACUUCAUUAAGAAAUAUGUUCAGUGCUAUGGCUGUGGGAACCCAGAAACUGAGAUAGUGAUCACUAAAACACAGAUGAUCACCCUUAAAUGUGCUGCAUGUGGAUUUCUUUCAGAUGUUGAUAUGAGGGACAAGCUUACCACUUUUAUUCUCAAGAACCCACCUGAACAGAAGAAGUCAUCAAAAGACAAGAAGGCAAUGAGAAGGGCUGAGAAGGAGCGGCUUAAGGAAGGAGAGGCUGCUGAUGAGGAGAUGAAGAAGCUAAAAAAGGAGGCAGUGAAGAAGAAAGGCAGCUCUGCAAGUGCAAAGGAUGUUGCUUCCAAAGCUUUGACGAAGAAAAGAAGCAACAGCUCUGACGAGGAUCACUCCCCAGCUCGCAGUCAUGCUGAUGAAAAUGAAACACCAGCCGAUGAUGAUGAUGAAGAUGUCCAAUGGCAGACGGACACUUCAUUGGAGGCAGCUCGGCAGCGCAUCCAAGAGCAAUUGAGUGCCGUGACUGCUGAUAUGGUCAUGCUUUCUACCAAUGAAGAGAAACAAAAGUCUGCAAAGAAGUCUCCAGGACGGGAAGAGAAAAAUCAGGUUAAUGGACUCAGCAAUGGUCAUACUAGUGCCCAUGGGAACCUUGUUGAUGAGAUAAGGGAACACCUGAACAAGGGUUCUUCCCCCAGUCAGCUGAAAUCCUUUUUGGGUUCUCUCUCCGGGACUUACCAAGAAAUCAUGGAUGCUCUAUUUGAAGCUCUCUUUAUGGGCUUCGACAAGGGGUUUGCAAAAGAGGUGGCCAAAAAGAAGAACUAUCUGGCAGCAGCCACUCAAGAGGAGGGAUCUCAGAUGGUUCUGUUGCGCGCUAUAGAGUCUUUCUCUGGGAAGGCAAGCACCAAGGCUGUUAAGGAGUUGGGCUUGGUUCUGAAAGAGCUUUAUGACCAUGAUGUGCUGGAGGAGUCCUCUAUUCUAGAGUGGUACCAGCAGGGAUUGGGUGGUGGCAAUAAAACCUCCCAAAUUUGGAAGAAUCUGAAGCCCUUCAUCGAGUGGCUUCAGAAUGCCGAGUCCGAAUCAGAAGAGGAGUGAUUCUGAAGGUUCUCUCUUUGCUUAUCCUAUAUAAAUAAGAUGGUUUGGUUAGUUGUACUGAUUUGGAGUCAUUAAAAUGGGGCUGGCUUUUCUGAGCCCCUCUCAUCUGCCCAAUGUUAUGCUCCUGUUGUUGCUUUUUGCUUAUUAGCGUUUUGCUUCCAACGUUCAGUUGUUUGGUUUGGUUAUGUUCGACUCCGUGACGAUGAAUGCUUGUAUCGUGUGUUAAAUAAAGUCAGCUGUUUUUGUCA